UCCGCCGGGGAAGAGCAAGCGAGGAAAGCAGCAGCAGCAGCAGCAGGAGGAGGAGGAGGAGGGAGCCUUGCAAGGCAGCGGCAGGAGAAGCGUGUCUGAGAUGGCGACUGUGCUGUCAAGGAGGCUGGGGAAGCGUUCCCUGCUGGGUGCCCGCAUUUCCGCUCCUCCUUUGCUUGGGGAGGGGGUGCUUGUGCCAGCCCAGGCCUUGCACCCGGAUCACCACGACAAGGGCUCCCCGCCUCUUGUUCCAUAUGAGGAGCACGGAGAUGGCCCAACGGAUCAACACCAGAACUGGCCAGCGCUGCUCCCAGGCCAAAAGGUGUGCUUCUUUUGCAAUGGGCAAGAGAAAACUGGAUUGAUGGAGCACCACGACAGCGACAGCAAUGAAGUGAAAGUCUUGCUCCCGGAACAGGGAUUUUCUGUCUGCAGAAAAGCCGAGGAAGUGAGGUUGGCUAAUGCCCAGGUGUUGCCUUGCCCGCCUCUGGAAAUGGAGCACAGCACGCAUGCGGCAGCAGGCUUCGAUGCCAUGGCCAUGGCCAUGGAAGAUUGCCCGACCUCGACAGCUGACGCCGUGGCAUCUGCUCUGAGAUCCGUGUCUCAGAAUAUCGACGUACCUAAAAGGAAAUCAGAUGCUGCAGUGGAGAUGGAUGAGAUGAUGGCUGCCAUGGUCUUGACCAGUUUAUCCUGCAGCCCUGUGGUACAGAGUCCACCCAACAGUGAUGCCAGCAUCCCAGCAUCCCAAGGGGUCUCUGACGUCUGGAAGGAGAGUGGGGAGAUGUCUGACGGUGGUAGCAGCACCACUAGUGGGCACUGGAGUGGCAUCUCCACCCCUUCGCCACCGCACUCGGAGGCCAGCCCAAAGUACUCGAGCGAAGCCCUCAGCUCUCCUCGGACCGACGAUGGGUUCGAGACCGACUCGGACCCCUUUCUCUUUGAGGAGCCUGCUCCGCGGAAAAGAAAGAACUCAGUGAAGGUGAUGUACAAGUGCUUGUGGCCCAGUUGUGGCAAAGUCCUUCGCUCCAUCGUCGGGAUCAAGAGGCACGUGAAGACUCUACACCUGGGGGAUAACACCAACUCUGACCAGAGGAAGAGGGAAGAAGACUUCUACUAUACUGAAAUGCAAGUCAAGGAGGAGGCACCCCCUGAGCCGGCUGUGACUGUCCCAAGCCCCUCUGCCGGCUCUUCCCCAAUAGUCAUCCAGCAGGCACCGUCCCAGUCGGAGGCUCUCAUCCUGGAUCAGGCAGCAUCUCUGGAGCCUCACCUGCCCAGCAGUGUCCUCAGCCAGUCGGCCCCCAGUUCAUUCUGGCACAUCCAAGCUGACCAUGCUUACCAGGCUUUGCCGUCCAUUCAGAUCCCAGUAUCUCCACACAUAUUCACCAGUAUCAGCUGGGCUGCAGCCACAUCCACCAUCCCCACCCUCUCACCGGUCCGAAGCCGGUCCCUGAGUUUCAGUGAGCCACAGCAGCAGACGCCGCCCCCGCCUCCUCCUGUGCUGAAAUCCCACCUGAUUGUUGCAUCUCCCCCUCGGGCGCCCAGUGGCACCAGGAAAGUCCGUGGGGAAGCCAAGAAGUGCCGCAAAGUUUACGGCAUCGAGCACCGGGACCAGUGGUGCACAGCCUGCAGGUGGAAGAAAGCGUGCCAAAGGUUUUUGGACUGAGAGCACCUGCAAGAAUGCACAGAGCGCAUAUACAUGUAUAUAUACACAUACAACACACACACAUAAACACUUUUUCCAGUGGGAAGGCUGGUGAGAGCUCCCUCUUGCCGUUUGGUCAAGAAUGAGCAGCCAGACCUCUGUGUUUUUGCCACAUUGUGGCCCUGGGUGGCCUUGGAAGCCAUAUCCUGGUGCCUUGGCCCAGAUCUUGCAAGCCAGCUGGUCAUCCUGAGGUCUGUACAGGUUUUCUAAUGUUCAUUGUUUUGUGGGAAUGUUUUUCUUUUCUUUUCUUUUCUUUUUUUUUUACACAUUUUCCUUUUUUAAAACACACAUAAACACACAUACACACAUA